UUUUAUUUUAUUUUUAUUAUAUUUCAAUUUCUAUCAGUUCAUUAUACCACCGACGUCAGAUCAGCCAAAAGAAAUAAAUUUAUAUACUCAAAAGACCUUUGCUGAGCCUGAGCCAUCAACAACUACUUGGCAUACAAAUUAAAAUAAGAAAAUAAAAUAUAAACUCUUGUCAUGACACUGCAGACACAACCUCAGAUGCUCUUGGGAGCUUUUAUUCUCGUUCUUGAUCUCUUCUCGCUCUAUGGUACGGUCAGAUCAUCAUCCUCGAUAUCCACAAAGCUAUUCUGGUUCAUGGCUAUCACAUUAUUCCCAAUCAGCGGUCUAUUCUUCUGCCUACCGCUGCUAAUGGUUGGAUUGAUUUUUGUCAAUGGAUCCUUUGCAAACACAGCCUCAUGUUCGGCAACACCACUAUCUGUUUUCUUUUCUUCUUGUUCAUAAUAUAAAUAUAAAUAUAUCAAUUUUUUUUAUUGUUAUUUUUUUAAGGAAAAAAAAUGAUUAAUUUAAUUACAAUUAGUAUGAAUAUGAAUAUGAAUAUUAAUAUUAAUAUGAAUAGCACUGUGAUUAUUGUUUUAUAUAUAAAUAUAUAAAUAUAUAUUAUAUUAUAUCCACAAUUUAUGGGGUAGACUGAACGUAAACUAAUAUACACUUGUAUCAUGUGAAGAGUGC